AUGGCUGAUCCAGGCUCCGGAACUUGUACAUUUAUGUUCAAAAAACGAAAUGUAAAAGGACGCGCAACUAGAAAACGCGAAAAUUCCAACUCUGAAGAAGAUGCUGAUCAAUCCACAGAGAAUCCUUCUACAUCUGUAAAAUUGCCGAAACGAAAACAGAAAAUCAACCCAAAUGUACAACAUUCUUCCAACAAAAGACCCAAAAAUAUAAAGGCUUCAUCAGAUUCUGAAAGUUCUUCCAAUGAUGAGGAAACAUUUGGUGUAAAUUACAAAUCAUCAAAGUCUGUUAUGUCCUCAGGACCUAAAGAUCAAGGAGCAACAGCCACAUUAGAAAUAGAAACAGAGAAAGACAGAGAUGCACAGGCUAUUUUUGAAAAGAAAUUAGAAAUUAACAAACAAUUAGAAGGACAGGCAGAUGACAAAGUUUAUAGAGGAAUCAAUAACUAUGCACAAUACUACAAACCAAAAGAUACAGCAGCAGGAAAUGCUAGUUCUGGAUUAGUAAGGAGAGGACCAAUUAGAGCACCAGCUAAUUUGAGGGCCACUGUCAGGUGGGAUUAUCAGCCAGAUAUUUGCAAGGAUUACAAAGAGACUGGGUUCUGUGGGUUUGGAGACAGUUGUAAAUUCUUGCAUGACAGAAGUGAUUAUAAACAUGGCUGGCAAUUAGAACAAGAAUGGGAUGCUGGAGAGUAUGGGAAAGAGGAUGAGGAUGAUAAAAAAUAUGAGAUUGACUCGGAUAGUGAUUUAUUUCCUGAUGAGUGUGGGAUUUGUAAAGGACCUUUUGAUAAGCCAGUUAUUACCAAGUGCAAACAUUAUUUCUGCGAAGAAUGCGCCAUAGCUCAAUACAAAAAGUCAAUGCGUUGUGCCCUAUGUAACACCCAAACAAAUGGAAUUUUCAAUCCUGCGAGAGAUUUAAUAAAACAUUUGGAAAAUGCGCCGAAGAAGAAGAAAAACUCUGAUUCAGAACUAUCAGACUCUGAUUAAGUUGUUGAGUUAUUCAUUUUACAGCGUGGAAUAAUUUAAAAUGGUUUAAGAUUUAUCUAGAUUUUUCAUAUUUAUGAUGAACUGAAAUGCAUUCAAUAGUGAGUGACUAGAUAACUUAUUUAAAUAGUGAUUCAUUGUUUUGCAUUUCUGUAUGUUAAGAAUAAAAGAGUGUGGGUUGCAUACUGAACUAGUGCAAACACCGCACGUUACUAUAUA